GGUGUAUGCGGCUGCUGCGGCGCCCUUCGUCCCAGGUACAAGAGGCUGGUGGACAAUAUCUUCCCUGAAGAUCCUGAGGAUGGUCUGGUGAAGACCAACAUGGAGAAACUAACCUUCUAUGCCCUCUCAGCACCAGAAAAGCUGGAUCGAAUUGGUGCCUACCUCUCAGAGAGGCUCAUCAGAGACGUGGGUCGCCAUCGAUAUGGGUACGUGUGUAUUGCCAUGGAGGCGCUGGACCAGCUGCUCAUGGCCUGCCACUGCCAGAGCAUCAACCUCUUCGUGGAAAGCUUCCUUAAAAUGGUGGCCAAGCUGCUGGAGUCAGAGAAGCCAAACCUGCAGAUCCUCGGCACCAACUCGUUUGUGAAGUUUGCCAACAUUGAAGAGGACACCCCCUCCUAUCAUCGAAGCUAUGACUUCUUUGUGUCCCGAUUCAGUGAAAUGUGCCACUCAAGCCACGAUGACUUGGAAAUCAAGACUAAGAUCCGGAUGUCAGGCAUCAAAGGCCUGCAAGGGGUAGUGAGGAAGACGGUGAAUGAUGAGCUGCAGGCUAACAUCUGGGACCCACAGCACAUGGACAAGAUUGUCCCGUCUCUGCUCUUCAAUCUGCAGCACGUGGAAGAGGCAGAGAGCCGGUCUCCCUCGCCCCUCCAAGCACCAGAGAAGGAAAAGGAGAACCCAGCAGAGCUGGCUGAGAGGUGUCUGAGAGAGCUGCUGGGCCGGGCAGCCUUCGGCAAUAUCAAGAACGCCAUCAAGCCUGUUCUUAUCCACCUGGAUAACCAUUCUCUCUGGGAACCCAAAGUGUUUGCCACCCGUUGUUUUAAAAUCAUCAUGUACUCAAUUCAGCCGCAGCACUCCCACCUGGUUAUCCAGCAGCUCCUGGGCCACCUGGACGCCAACAGCCGCAGCGCGGCGACUGUGCGCGCCGGCAUCGUGGAAGUCCUAUCGGAAGCUGCAGUUAUCGCGGCUACAGGCUCUGUCGGGCCCACGGUACUGGAGAUGUUCAACACCCUGCUGCGGCAGCUGCGGCUCAGCAUCGACUACGCGCUAACCGGGAGCUACGACGGCGCUGUAAGCCUGGGCGCCAAGAUCAUCAAGGAGCAUGAGGAGCGCAUGUUCCAGGAGGCGGUCAUCAAAACCAUCGGCUCCUUCGCCAGCACACUGCCGACCUACCAGCGCUCAGAGGUGAUUCUCUUCAUCAUGAGCAAAGUCCCGCUGCCUUCCCUGCAUCACCCGGUAGAGACCGGCCGGACAGGGGAGAAUAGGAACCGACUGACUCAGGUCAUGUUGCUGAAGUCCCUCCUUCAGGUAUCCACGGGUUUCCAGUGCAACAACAUGAUGUCAGCCCUGCCCAGCAACUUCCUGGACCGCCUUCUCUCCACUGCCCUCAUGGAGGAUGCAGAAAUCCGCCUCUUUGUCCUAGAGAUUCUCAUCAGCUUUAUUGAUCGUCAUGGCAACCGCCACAAAUUCUCUACCAUCAGCACCCUUGGUGACAUCUCAGUCCUGAAGUUGAAAGUGGACAAGUGCUCCCGGCAGGACACUGUCUUCAUGAAGAAGCACUCCCAGCAGCUGUACCGGCACAUCUACCUGAGCUGUAAGGAGGAGACGAACAUCCAGAAGCACUACGAGGCCCUCUAUGGCCUGCUGGCGCUCAUCAGCAUUGAGCUGGCCAAUGAGGAGGUGGUGGUGGACCUCAUCCGACUGGUGCUGGCUGUUCAGGAUGUGGCCCAGGUCAACGAAGAGAAUCUGCCUAUCUAUAACCGCUGUGCACUCUACGCUCUGGGUGCAGCCUACCUGAACCUCAUCAGCCAGCUCACAACAGUGCCUGCCUUCUGCCAGCACAUCCAUGAGGUUAUAGAGACCAGGAAGAAAGAGGCACCAUACAUGCUUCCUGAGGAUGUGUUUGUGGAAAGGCCCAGGCUGUCUCAGAAUCUAGAUGGUGUGCUGAUCGAGUUUCUCUUCCGCCAGAGCAAAAUCAGUGAGGUUCUGGGAGGCAGCGGCUACAAUUCAGACAGGCUUUGCCUGCCCUACAUCCCUCAGCUGACAGAUGAAGAUCGAUUGUCCAAGAGGAAGAGCAUUGGGGAGACCAUUUCCCUUCAAGUAGAGGUGGAGUCCAGGAACAGCCCAGAGAAAGAGGAGCGAGUUCCUGCAGAAGAGAUCACCUACGAGACACUGAAGAAGGCCAUUGUGGACAGUGUGGCAGUUGAGGAACAGGAGCGUGAACGGCGGCGACAGGUGGUAGAGAAAUUCCAGAAGGCACCCUUCGAGGAGAUUGCAGCCCACUGUGGGGCCCGAGCAUCACUGCUGCAGAGCAAACUCAACCAGAUCUUUGAAAUCACCAUCCGGCCCCCUCCAAGCCCUUCAGGAACCAUCAGUGCAGCCUACGGCCAGCCACAGAAUCACUCCAUCCCUGUCUAUGAGAUGAAGUUUCCCGAUCUGUGCGUAUACUGAAUUCCAGGAGACAGAACUCCUUAGAGGACACAGUCUGCGGGAGGACCACCUUCCUGCUCGCUCUCACCGUGUGGAAAUCUAGCUGGGAUAACUAAGAACUAGUCACCUUGGACAGUGAGCUAAGGUGGAGCCUCUGGCCCUCUGUGGUCCUCCUGCCUCCUCCUUGUCUUCUGUGAGGAGGAACCAGCAAUCAGCCCUCUGGGCUAAAAAGCAUCUCACCUGUCUUCUCUUUUGUAUCAGCCAAGGACAGAGAGUGUCUCCAUUGAGAAGCAGAAGGGCCUGGGAAGCCUCCAUUGAGGAUGUGUCUAUGAGGGAGUGUCAGCCACUCCCAAAGAAAGGAGCCUGAUAUCCGCAUGGUUGGUCUAAGGAAGGCAUAGAUGGCACUUGGGGAAACUGAGGAAAUCCCCCCUUACCCCCCACUCCCCACAUAAAGAAUUGACAGUGUGAGAGCUCAGAGGUGAUGUCUGCUCUCACCUCUUAAGUCUUGGGUAUCUUACCCAGCGUCCUGUUUACUCUCUAGUUGUCUGUGUUUCUUUUUCUACUGUUAAUGAAUGCUAAGCGCUCAUAGCAGGAGCUGGGGAUGGAGAGUGGCUGGGCCUCCCAGACUGUGUGGCAGUGUCAGUAAGGGCCAGGUGUGGCAGUGUGUGUCCUGGCUGCACAAUUCUCUCACAUUCUCUGUCCAGCCUGUGGUGGAUCUUCUCUGGUUCUCUCUCCUCUGGAUGUUUCCUGGGUUGUAAAGUUUGGUCCCUGAUGUCUCUUUCCACAGCUUCUGUGAUGAGAGAAAGCUAGCUGGUUCUAGAUGGCUAGAGAGAGGGGAGGAAGUGCCCGGGCCCUGAGGCCUGUCCGCAUCACUUCCCAUGGAAGAUGCUCCCAGCAGUAGUUAGGGGUUGGGAGAGGCAGAGGAGGGAGCAGUUGUGCAAGCGACACUUUAGAAUUUGGGGAAAGAAAAUUUUAAAAAUAGAACUGAAACAAUAUUUUCCCUCUCUGGGUAAAGUCUGAGACACUGGGGACAACUGGCCUUACUUGUAGCCAGGUGAGAGGUAGUAGGAAUCACUUUGUCUUCCGUUUCCUCUAUGUGCCAGCUGCCUGUCCCUGUGUGACUCGUGUGUGCUGGGAGCAGCUGACCCAGGACUCGGCGGGUACAAAAAAAGCCUAUUUGCUGUCUUCUUAGUUUGAUUUUGAUCCUUUCCUGUUGCCCCUCUUCGUAUCUCCAUGCCUCCCAGAAUGCCUAGCACUGGGAGUACUCCACAGUCCAGCAUAGUCCUUUCUUUCCCUUUCAAACUCCCCAUAAGUUUUCUGAGCUGUUUUCUUCUCAGACCCAACAUUGCUCCAGAAAUUUUGAUUCUUAGAAAGGGGGAGUGGUUCUGUUGACCUGCAAGAAUCAUUUCUAGGGUAUGGUUUUAGGCGGUGUGGCCUGGAGUCAUAAAGGAACCAUUUCUGCUAAGAAAAUAGGCUUCUCGGGACCCUGCCUGGUGACAGCCUGCUCACUAGGACAGAAUUAGGAGACCUGGAACUCACAUGCUUCCCAUUGCACAUGUGUUAAGAAUCACAGACGGGGCCCUCCUGACCCUUUCCCCAGACUUUCCCAUUUGUAAUACAACUCUUUCCCAUGGUCCCUGCACUGAGCUAAGGGCUCACGACUCCAGCAUGGCCUGCAUGGUCUCAGAUCCCUGAGGACAACACCCCAAUACCACCCACAUGGCUUUGGAGCUGUGUAGCUUCUGCUCAACCCAACUUUAUAAGCAUGGCCUUAGGCUUCUCCUCAAUACCACUUUACUAAGAAGGCAAGUUUAAACACGAAGGCAGGUAACCUUUUAGAAACUAGGAAAAUCUAAGCCUUGGGCUAAAACCCAUCUUUCUUCACUUGCCGGCCAUUAUCUUUUAUUCCAUGCUUGACUUGAAUAAGAGUCCCUUAAUCUCUUUAUUGUCCCCAACUGACAUCAUUGUCUGCCUCUGAGGUAUCUUAACCCUAGUUGUGGAUUAGGAGAGACACUUUCUAAUCUUUCAAGAGCCAGCCUCAGAACCAGAUGCCUCCAGGCCCACUCAGAAACUUGUGUCUCUCACCCCGCCCCAGGAACUGAGGAAAAGGCAGAGUUCUGGUCAACAGACUCAACUGCUGUUCAGUUGUCUUCUCCGUAUUCCUGUCUCUUCAUACCAUGGCGGUGUGGCAGGGACAUGCUGCUUUUAGAGAGCUGGCCACUUGUGUGCCCUUCUCUUGGUAGAACUGAUUUAAAUUUACAUUCAGUAGGAUACUGGGUUGCCUGUUGACAGGAAAUGGGAUCUGAUCCUGGCCAAGUAUGCCUCAGAGACGGGGAAGUCCAGAUGGUGAUGCAGGAGGAUCUGUCCCUCCAUCACAAGGCUGGGAAGAGAGGCAAAAGAACAUGGGGUGGGAGCUAGGAGAGGAGCCCAGUGCCCAUUCUUGCCUUCCUAGUCCCUGGUGUCUGACAUCACUGUCUCAAGCCUUGUUCUGUUUUCCUUCCCUGUUGUAAACCAGAAUCAAAAGGAACCAACAAACCUAUUAAGGCCAACUGGUCCCCACCCCCACAAUCAAAGCACCCAGGACUCUGGCUUCUUAGGCAAGAGUGGCAUACUGCUGACAGAAUCUAGUUAGGCAUGAUGUGUUUGAGGUUUAGAAGUUAACAUGGUUGAUCAUCAAAAGUAUAAGAAGUGGAUUAAGAGAAAAUACCUGAUCCAGAAACAGCUGCUGUUUCCCCUGUACUGAGCCUGUUUCUUGUUUUCUCUUUACUUUGAAGACUAAAAUAAAUGGUUUCAUGACUCCUAAAUAGCCUCAUCGAAAACCUAGACAUGUUCCACCUGCACACAAAGCUAGAAAACAUGGGCCUGGGACUGAGGACCCUGGUCAGAGCAGCCAUAUCCUGUAUGCUGCCUGUGCACAGGGUGUGCCUGGUCCAUACAAUGCACUUCAACUGGAAAAGCCCUAAGACUCUUGACUUCUUGAAAAAAACGCUCCAGGCUUCCUGAGGGUCCCUGGGUCACGGUACCUUCCAGUUGUCCUUUUGCUGUCACAGGCCUACCAUCCUGCUACAGAGAAAGCUGCUAAGCCCAGUGGCUUAGCUGUGUUUGAGGCCUGGGGGGAAGGCAAGGCCUGAGCUGUGGGUCUGAACUUUGUGUUUAAAGCAGACUUGGAGGUCGGGGAGGGGCAUAUCAGGCAGGCUGUGUCUGCUUUCUUUGACCUUCUCUGGCAAAGAGAUUGCAACGUAGCUCGGUUGACUGCCCUUUGGCAUCAGCCGUGCUCCUUCGGGGAGCAUGGGAAUUUCCCGAGCUCAGCACUUGCCCUUUCUGAACUCUUAAUGACUGGAGUCUGGCACAUGGAGCAUAAAAGCGCACACCCAUAGAUGCUGCAUCCCAUCUAUUUCAGUGUGUCUGAGGUGUUUUAGACCUUCAUGACCUGGCUGAGUGUAUGUUUGUGUCUAUGUCUGUGCAUGUGUGAAUAUAGUUUGUAGUUGCCAACGUUGUGUAUAUAAUAGCCAACAUAUUUGUAUGUAAGCACAGAAUUGGCACCUGUGGCAGUUUUCUGUAUUUUAAACUUGUUGUAUCAAGUUAGUUUUCCUUCCAGGGAAGCAGGUAAUUGGAGGGAGUCUUCUAAAGUCAUUCUCUAGAACUAUUUGCCAUGGUUGAUGCCCUUUUCAAAUAAAUGUUAAUGUUGUCACCAUAUGGCUGUCUAUUUGAAUUCUU